AUGCCGUGGACAGUCACAAAUUCUUUUAAGCGAGGCCUGAUGAAAACAUACGGAAGACCGACAUGGCGCGUCUAUGACGAUGAACGGGCCGCGAAAAAAGACGCGUACAAGAUGAGUCGGACGAGGCGGAAACCAACCUUCAAUAUGCGAUUCGCGAGUCCUCCGCGGCCGUCUUGUCCAGUCCCUCGCGCCGUAAUUCGGGACCCUCGACGAUAUCGACGAUCUCACCACUCCUCCUUCAUCGCCACCGCCGCGGUUGACUCCUCCCCCGCCAACACGCGCAAACCGACCUUUGCCUUUCUCAAGCGCAAACAUAAGGAGGCCGCCGGGUCUCCUCUGACGGAAGUGAACUCCAACAGUGUGCGCUCCUCAGUAGACCCGCCCAAGCAGCAGCAACAGCAGCAGCAACAGCAGCAGCAAAUCAAUUCGUACCCCCCGCCUCCCCCGCAACCACAAAAAGCAACGCCGAAGCAGCCCGCGCUGCACCAGAUGCAGAUUGAUCUAGGCAGCGAGGUUCGCAAGACUUGUGCGACAUGCGGCAUGGAGUAUAUUCCGUCAAAUCCGGAGGACGCGGCUUUGCAUAAAAAGUUCCACGAAAUGAAUUCAACGGGCGUCGACUUGGGCAAGGCUUUCAUGCGCGCCAAUGCUUCGCGCUGGGUCUACGAGGCCACGCGUUUCGACGAGGGCUACGUGGUUAUUGUCGAUCGCAAGGCCACGCCCAGCGCCAAGAACCAGGCGAAAAAAGUGCUCGAGGUGGUUAAUAAGGAGCUGUCGUCGCCAGAAAUCGAGGACGAGCUACUCUGGAGCCAGACCGAACCCCCCAAACACCUACACAGCGAUAAUACGGAAGAAAAGGUCGAUCGAUACCGAGUGUUUUUACAUAUGAAGGACAGUCGGUGCGUCGGACUAUGUCUAACGGAGCGCAUCUGGGAGGCGCGUCCGGUGGUGCAAGGCGAGAGCAAUGGCCAUGUGAAUGGUUCGUCAGUGUCUGUCAAGGACGAGUUGCAUCCGGCGAUUGUCGGGGUCUCGCGGAUCUGGACAUCGGGAGCGUCGCGAAGAAAGGGUAUCGCAUUGGAUCUGCUGGACUGCGUGGUCAGCAAUUUCAUCUACGGCAUGGAAAUCCCCAAGAAUAAGAUUGCGUUUAGCCAGCCCACGGAGAGUGGGAAGAGGCUGGCUCAUAAAUUUUUCGAGGAAGAAGAGACGUGGCAUGUGUAUAACGAACGGUGA